CUCUUCAUGGGGUAAAGAGCACCUGAAAAACACUAACUAGUAAGAGGGUUCCAGAUAUAAGGGAGUCUUAACGCACAGACGCCUUAGUCAAAGCCUCACUACUUUUGCUUUUGUUGCUUGCUCAGCACUCGAUCCUCCCUGCUCAGCAAGCGCACAGCUCAGCCUACAGCUCAGUCUAAGGACUGCAGGCAGGCAGCUGGCCGCUAGAGGAUCUCUAACUUUCUCUGCGGAACUGAGGGCUGAAGUCAAAGACUCAAAAUGGUGGCCUCAUCUUUCGCUGUCCUGAGAGCAAGCAGGUUGUGCCAAUGUGGUUGGAAGAGCUGGGCGCGAAUGUCAGGAUCUCCGCCGCUCAGCACGGGUGGCGGGACCACUUGGGCGCGGACAAAUGCGACGCUGAGCCUGGAGCCCGCGGGCCGCAGCUGCUGGGACGAGCCGCUGAGCAUCGCCGUGCGCGGCCUGGCCCCGGAGCAGCCCGUCACGCUGCGCGCGGCCCUGCGCGACGAGAAGGGCGCGCUCUUCCGAGCCCACGCGCGCUACCGCGCCGACGCCCACGGUGAGCUGGACCUGGCGCGCGCGCCCGCGCUGGGCGGCAGCUUCACGGGGCUCGAGCCCAUGGGGCUGCUCUGGGCCAUGGAGCCAGAACGGCCUCUCUGGCGCCUGAUCAAGCGCGACGUGCAGAAGCCCUACGUGGUGGAGCUGGAGGUGCUGGACGGACACGAGCCCGACGGCGGGCGGCAGCUUGCACACGCGGUGCACGAGCGUCACUUCCUGGCUCCCGGGGUGCGGCGCGUGCCCGUGCGCGAGGGCCGGGUGCGCGCCACGCUCUUCCUGCCUCCAGAACCUGGACCCUUUCCUGGGAUCAUAGACCUUUUUGGAGUUGGAGGUGGCCUUCUGGAGUAUCGGGCGAGUCUGCUGGCUGGGAAGGGCUUUGCUGUCAUGGCUCUGGCUUAUUACAACUACGACGACCUCCCCAAGAGCAUGGAAACCAUGCGUAUAGAGUACUUUGAAGAAGCCGUGAACUACCUACGUAGCCACCCCGAGGUAAAAGGACCAGGAAUUGGGCUGCUUGGGAUUUCCAAAGGGGGCGAACUUGGCCUGGCUAUGGCCUCCUUCCUGAAGGGCAUCACAGCCGCCGUUGUCAUCAAUGGCUCUGUGGCUGCUGUUGGGAACACCAUACACUACAAGGAUGAGACCAUACCCCCUGUAUCUCUUCUGAGAAAUCGAGUCAAAAUGACCAAAGAUGGUCUCUUGGAUGUUGUGGAAGGUCUGCAAAGCCCUCUGGUGGAAGAGAAGAGCUUCAUCCCCGUGGAAAGGUCUGACACGACCUUCCUCUUCCUUGUUGGUCAGGAUGACCACAACUGGAAGAGUGAGUUCUAUGCCAAUGAGAUCUCCAAGCGCCUGCAGGCCCACGGGAAGGAGAAGCCCCAGAUCAUCUGCUACCCAGAAGCAGGCCACUAUAUUGAGCCCCCUUACUUCCCACUGUGCAAAGCUGGCAUGCACCUCCUGGUGGGUGCUAAUAUCACCUUUGGAGGGGUGCCUAAGCCUCAUGCCAUGGCCCAGUUGGAUGCCUGGCAGCAACUCCAGACUUUCUUCCACAAACAGCUGGGUAGCAAGAGCUAGGGACUGUCCCCUAACAUAGAGCCUAGUAUAUGAUGGUUUGGGGGAAACCUCAAAUAUAUAAUCAGAAUGUCAGUUCAGGUUAGUUCAUUUGAACAUUUUUUUUCUAAGUUUCUUUCUCCUCCUCCUCUCUUCCUCCUCUUCCUCCUCCUCCUCUUCUUCUUCUUCUUUUUUUUUUUUUUU